UCGAAAAUGAACAGCUGUCAAAGCGUUGCAUCUGCAAUGCAAUCAUUCUGGGCAAAAAAGUAAACAAAGUGCAAUUUUCUUGCGAAAAAAGGUAUUUUUUAUAGAAAAAAUCAAAUAAAAUCACUUAAAAACAGUGGUUUUAAAAUAGUUUGUCAUGGAAGCCAAGUGAAUUGAUUGAAUUAUUGACAAUAACCCUCAAAAUGGACAUUUUCCAUAACCAAUGCUCAGAAAGUCUGGGGUUUGAUUCGAUGCUAGCAGCAAAUCCCAUCAAUUCACCGCUGCAAGGUUCCGAGCCGACUUCCCACUUGAAUUUCAAUUCCUCGCCUUUCUUCAGUACGAUCGUUGGUCCGUCGUGCACCGUGGCCAAUGUUGUCACGCAACCCUCAUCACUUGGUAGCUGCUCUACUAGCAAUGGUAGCUGUAAUGUCGUCACGGGAAGUUCAACCGGGCCCAACGAUGUCCUUCUACCGAGCAUAUUCGUUAAGGUUCCCAUGCAAAUCAACCAGCAGUAUCAACAGCAAAGCCAGUCGCGUAGCAAUAAUGCGGCCGAGGGAAUCAAGUGCGAGGACAAAUCGGAACCAAUCAAACGGGAGCUGGGAGAUCUGCGAGCGCUGGAAAAAGGAACGGCCAUGGUGCAGUUACCCAGCAUUUCCGAGAGUUAUCUGGAGGAGGACCGCCAGGAGCAACAACAACAACAUGUGGAGGAAGCCGAGCUGAGGGUGCACUGCUGCGAGUUUUGUCCGUUGGUUACCCUGGUGGAGCAAACAUUGAGAGAUCACGUGCACGCCCAGCAUCCCAGUCGGGAACGUGCUGCCGAUGGGCAGUAUUUCAAUUGCCCUGCGUGCGAGAACAAAUUUUGGCAACGGAAUUCGCUGGAAGUCCAUCUGGAGGUGGACCAUAUGAUGGUGCAAUCGGAGCUCAGAACGCUGGUGGACCGAAGAUGGCCGCGGGCUCAACAAGAGACGACAGGUUGUGAGAAUUCGGUCAACGUACCGAUUGUAGUUCCAGUAUCGGAGCCCCCCUUGCAGACGGUUGCUCCAGAAAAUCGAAGUCGAAUCUACAUUAAAAAUGUACAGUUGCUCAAGAAACCGGAUGUGAUCGAGCAGGAAAAUGUCCAGCAAGCCCAACACCAGCAUCACAAUCAGCAGCAACAAUCAAUCCAACAGCAGGCACCACAGAAUGGGAAGAUCUAUAUCCGGAAUGUUUCCUUGUUGCAGAACCUAAACUUUGCCCAGAAUGUGGAGAAUGUAUUUCAAAAUUCUUCAGGAUUGCAUGAGAGCAAGUACAGCUUUGUAGUCCCUGCACCGAGUCCUAAUAGUCAAUCACCUCCUAUAAGCAUUGGAGAGCAGCCGGGAGUGAACGGAGGAACUUCCCAGCGGAACAAAAUUUUCAUCCGCAACGUGGACAUUCUACGGAACCCAAUGAUUCCCAUAACACCUCCUACAAUCAUGUCUACCUGUGAAAUGAGCCGUACUAGCAGUAGCGAAAGUUUGUACACAACUCCACCGCCGCCAGUCGUCAGUCCGGCCACAUCCGUGUCCAGCAUCGGAACGCCGUCUUCAAUGGGGUUCUCGGGACCAAACAUGGUAAUUCUACCGACUCCGAUCUGCAGUAGCAAUUCUUCGACUCCUCCGAUGAUUUACACUCCACCCUCGAUGACCGUGGCCAACAAUUUCGAUGCUGCUCAGCAGCCACCGCGGAAGAGCAAGAUAUUCAUCAAAAACAUCAGUGUGCUCAAGCAGCCGACUAUCCAUCUGAAAUCCGUUGACGAGCUCAAUUUGAUGACCAUCGAUCAGGUGCAGUUGCAAAAUUUGCUGCCACCUACAACGAGUAGUGUUCAAAGUUUAAACAGCACAGAGGAAAUGAGUGCGGAUGACGGACAGCAACCCUCGAUGCAGGAGGAAAAUUUUGGCAACAUUUUGGAAGAGGUUCCCUCCGAUCUCGAUGACAACUUCCAGGACAACGACGGCGCUCAGUAUCAGGACAUGGCAGGUUGUGAUUCUGCCUGUGGAAGUGUUACAGAGCAGGAAUCUUACCAGCAGGAAUUUAACAACGAUUUUAUCAUCAUUGAACCGGAUCGGUCUUCGGAGAACAUUGCUUACGAGGAACAACAGGGGCACAUGAGGAUUCCCGAUCAUUCCAAUGAACUAAUGGAUCAUCAACAAAUCCAACCGUCUGCUCCUGAGCCUUCGGAAACUCACCAAUUCCAUCAUACAGAUGAUUACAACAUGUUCGUCUGUGCAGAAGACAUCAUUAAUCUCGAUCCUCCAGCACCAUCAGAGCCGGAAUCUUCGGAACCACCAUCGAUACAGUCAACGCCACCUCACACACCAUCGCAACCUCAACAACCCUUACAAGCCCAUCCAGGUCGUAUCUACGUCGCUGACAACUUGAUGGAACCUAGUGUGGCAAAUAUGCAGACAUCGCCACAGCUCCAAGUGCACCCAGUAAACGAAACAUCGAUCUCACCAUUGAACCAGAUAGAACAAAUCAAUAAUGGCAUUCCUGCGGGUCAGUCAGCUGACCCUCUGCUUCAGCAAACGUCAUGUCCGAAGGCACAACCUAACAAACCCCUAGUCAAGGAACAGGAACGUACGAGGAGUAGAGGUCGUCCCAAAGGGGCCAAACAAACCGGCAUAACAAAAUUAAAGAAACUUUACACCAAUCUGACUCCCAUGGAGGAAGGCUACAAGUGCGACAUCAUGAGCUGCGGAGUUCGCUUUCGGCAGCGAGAAACUUUAGAAUACCAUAAAACCUGCCACGAUUUGUCGUGUGACAUCCCCAAUACGACUGGGACCCGUUGUCCGGAGUGUGGCGCACAGGACUUCCGCACCUGGAAUACGCUGCAUACACAUCUGUGGAGAGACCAUUCGAUAGACAUGGAAUUGUAUUCUUGCCAGUUGUGUAACUUCAAGACACCGGUCUUGUGUCGGUUGAACAACACUCACAUGAAGAUCCAUUCCGAUGAGAAGAACUUCAUUUGUGCCGUCUGUAAUAAAGCGUUCAAGAACAACAAACAGCUAAGGAACCAUCGGCGAACACACCGAGAACCUGCUGACGUUCAACAAGUGAAAGAACAAAGAUCUCCAAGUCCCUGGCUCCACUCGGAUUACCCGGUCAGAUGUGUCAAGUGCGAUUUCAAAUUUGCGAACCACAAAUACCUGAAAGCACACAUGGAAAACCGACACGGAACAUCGGAAGUCGACGGUCGAAUCAAGUGCACGGUCUGCGGAAUGCUGUUCAAAACGCGAUACACUUUGCAGACGCACAUGGCCAAGCACUCGGACGAGAAGCGGUUCAAAUGCUCCAGCUGUGACUUUUCCUGCAACGAUCACAAUUCUAUGCGGCGGCACAAAAUGCGGCAUGACUCUGAAGGACACAUGUAUCGCUGCGCCUAUUGUGACUACACGAGCAUUCAAAGCACAACCUAUCGGAGGCAUCUGGAGCGCAUGCAUGCCGAUGUCGCUCCUAAGCUGCUCUACAAAUGCUCCGAAUGCGCGUUUGUUUCCAUUAGCGAGACCAAAUAUCAACUUCACUGGCUGAAGCACAAACCGGUAGAAACUGAGAAAACAACGACGGCGGUGGUAGUGCCGGAAGGCACAACGCCGCCAACUGCAGCUGCUGCAUCAACCGAGCCUUCCCAGCAAGUCGUCGAAGUGGAAGAACCUGAGCGCCAGUGCGAAAGUGUCAACUCCGACGUGGUCAUUGUGGAAAAGGACUCUUCGGAACCUCCGAUGGAUGCUUUCUCGCUGAUUCCUUCGCCAGCAGGCGAUCAGCAGUUCCCACUGAUACGACCGGCCGGGUUUGCCAACAAUCUCUCCAAGGUGGACAACUUCUACGGCUACGGUGGCGAUCAGCAGCAGCAAUCGGCGGCGGGGAUGCAAUCCUCGGUACAGCAGGGAAGCACUGUUCAGCAGGUGAUGCCGAUGACGACGACGACAACGGCGACGACGGAUGGUAAUGCAAUUAUGUCGGCCACGUGCGUUUCCACGGUCGGCGGAACGUCAUCAGGGAGUGGGCAUCAGCAGCAGCAUGGGUACGAUUCGUUAAUGAACAGCAUGAACUCGAUGGUACCGAUGACUUACGGGGAGAGUGCCCUUGAGCUUGAGCUUGAGCUUGAUUGACCGCCCGCAGUUGCAACUCCAGUAUCGCCAGAUCAACUACACUCACACAAGGAACCAAUGAGAUAGCUGCUUGGGACUAACAGGCAUCUUCAGUGUGUGAGCGUUGGUGGUCUUGUAUUUAUAGGCGACAAUGGCGCCUGCUGCGUCAGGAUGCAGGUCAAUGGGGAAGGGGAGGGAAGUAAUGAUUGCAAUCGCUUGCCCACAUCAGGCCGUUGAAUCCUCUGCGCCUGCACAAGGUCAUGCGGAUGUUGGUGUGUUGGUGGGAAAUGUUUAUUUUUGGCACAUGGAUCAUGCAUUGGUGCAAGGGUGCCAGGAGAGUAAAGCGUUAGAUUGUGUGAAGAUUACUGUGAAGCGGCACAGUCCGCUUGGUUGCAUAACUUGCAGGCGUUAUAUGAUAGAUUGACACUGUGCUGUGAUGAAAGUUGGAAGAAAGGGAAACGGCUUUUUUUCAAUCCGUUUCUGGUUCUAGCGAUCGCUACGAACAUACGAAUAUACAUGAGAUGUAUACGUAGGAGAGAGAGAGUGAGAGAGAAAGUAGAUAGAAAGAUACAAAGUAGGAGGAAAGGGACGAGCCAGGGAUUGAACCCAGGACCUUCUGCAUAUCAAUCAGAAGCGGUAGCCACUAGACCACCAAGCUCGUCCCUUGGAUGUGACUUACGGGGAGAGUGCCCUUGGGAGCUAAAGUAGGUUACGUAUUAGUAAUUUAUUCUUUUCUCAAUGUGAUAUUAGAACUAUAAGAUUAAUUUAUAGCUGGAAAAUUAACGCAAUUAAAAUAACUUCAAUAGUAUUU